AUGAAGUAGGUUUUCAAAUAGAAGAAAAAAAGUUUUUCAAUUCUAGGUUUUUUUUUGGUUUUUCCAACAGCGAAAUUUUCGCUUUUCAUAUUGCUAGAGAGGGAACUUUCCGAACACUAAAUUUCACGCGAAUCUUUCCUACUUCCUUUUUGGUAACUCUCGUAAAAGUUAGAUAGAAAGAUGAUAAUGAGGAAAAGGUAUGAAACCGAAAAAAUAAAAUGGGUAAAAUUCGGAAAAGAGUUUAUCUUAGGUGAAACGUUAAAGUUUCUUUUGAAGAUCGUUAGAAGAAGCUGAAAAUGUUCCGUUGAAAUUUUUUGAUUGAUAUUUUUACCAUUUUGGCCGGCGUCGGAAAGCUCCUUAGCGAUGUAAAAAAAAAGCGGGAAAGACUCGACUUUGGAAAUUCCUAAUUUUUCAUUCUUAUCAUCUGAAAUUUACAAAAAAAAGAAUAAAAGUUUCAGUCAAAUGCACCGGCAAAUGAUGGAAGACAUGGAUAUGAUGAUGGGAGGAAUGAUCGGUGGAAAUCCUUUUGGGGGGCUCAUGGGCGGAAUGGGAAGAUCUCCUUUCUCCGCUAUAACCGAUGGAAGUGGAAUGGUUGGUUUGAAUACAGUUACUUUCAAAACUGAAGCAAAAGCUCAAAAAUCAAAUAACGUCCCACCAAGCUAAAGUAUUUUCCUGAGUCAUUAUUCAUAAUCAAAUUUUUGUGUUUUAUUUUGUUGAGCCAGUUUUUUUUUUCUGAUAUUAUCAUUUCUAUCUAUUCCCAGUUCUGUAAUGUUGCAAUUCGAAAAUUCAGAUACCAACUCCACGACAUCAGCAAGUCGCACGCGAUCCCUUUGGUGGCUUCGGUGGCAUUUUUUGUGCCAUGGUAAUUUGUUUGAUCAAAACGAAAUGCUCAUUUCGAUACAGAACCAAUUGUCGCAAAAUGCGAUGAGCGAUCCAAACACGAUGGUUUUCUCUCAGUCGACAAUGAUGACGUUUGGUCCUGACGGAAAGCCGCACCUCGUCGAAAAAUCCGUUCGCAAAACCGGCGAUGUUAGAGAAACUCGGAGGUUUCCGAAUGAAAAAAGAAAUAUACAUUUUUACUUUUUUUGUAGAAAGGAAUUGAGAGGAGACGAAUCUUCAAUGUCCAUCGGUCAUAGCAUUGGAGAUCGAAGUCACGUUAUCGAAAAGAAGCGAGACAAAGACGGAAACGUCCGGAAACAGCAGAAAUUUGUCAACUUGGAUGAAGGUUUAUAUUUAUUUCCAACUUAUGACUUCAAGUUUCUUAAGAAACAACCUCAUAGCCGUGCCUCAAAAGUUGGGCACUAAUUGAAAUUUCUGUGAAUUCCAUAUUUGGGUGUGGUUCGACGCUAGUCUUUUGUUGUCAGUGUCAGGCGUUUCUCUGCCAUUCUUUACAGUUUUGUUUGAACUCUCAAUUCUUCUACGGCCAAAAGAGUUAUAUGCUAACAAAGACAAGUUUUUCGCAACUAAUGAAAAUAAGGUGGUAUGAAAAAAGAAAAUCGCGAUUUUGCGAACGGCGACUUUUCCGAUUUUUUAUAUAGAUUAGUCGGAAAGCUCCCUAGCUAUAUGAAAAAAAUCGGGAAAGUCGCCGUUCGAAAAUUCUCUGGUCUUUUUCCCACCACUGAAAAAUAGUUCUUUUUUUUAAUAAGUAAUUUUCGAUUUUUUUACAGAAUAGUUUUAUUUUUAAAGUUCUCUUCAUUCGAAAUGAAAAAGUACAUAUGAAUCAAAAAAAAUUGUUAAAAGACAGUGAAACCGUUUAAUGAUAAUUUUCAGCGUCCGCGGAAGACUUCGAUCGAGAAUUCACUUCACGCGUCCGCUCUAACUUGGGGGGUUCGUCCUCGAGGAAUCACAGGUUAGUCAGACCGCUAGUGGAAGUUAUAUCUUUUGAAAAAAAAAAUCGAAUAAAUCAAGUUUUUUAAAGAAUCAAUAACAAUUUUUCAAAUGAUUGAACGGCGCAGAAGGAUACUCAAAAAUAUUCAAUCAUAUGAUUUUCAAAAUAUAUAGUUUUUUUGUUCUAAAAAAUAUUCAUCAAGAAAGAGAAAUUGAAUUUCUUCCUAGAUUCCUCUUACUGUUGCAUAAUUUGUUUUUUUAAAUCUAGAAAGAGCCCAACUUUGCAGAUAAACGUCAUUUCUAUUGGACGCGUUUUUGGUUAAAUAAAAUAUUCAUGUUAGUUUGCCUGAGAAGUCAUUCAUAGUUUUUUCUUCGAAUAAAAACAAGACCAGAAUAUUGUCCUGUGGGAAAUUUUAUAACUUGCUCAAAAAUGCUAGAAAUAGUUUUAAAAAGUGAAAAAAAGAGGCUAAUAGCACUAUGAAAAUAGAAAGUUUUUUCUUUCAAAGAUCAAAAAUAGAAGAGAGCAUUUCCUCCCGUUCUACACCAAUGGCUCAAAUUCAGAAUGAAUCUGAAUUCCUUACAAUAGUGUUUCCAAUUACAGUAGACGUUUUCCUAACAUCGGCGCUCUUUUUUGAAUUGAGUAAAUUUGAUAAACAACGGACUUACACUAGUCCGGUAAAACUAACCUCAUUUUAGCUAUUUUUUUAAUAUUCCAUCAUUUUUUUAGCGGCCAGCGAUACUUGGAAAGUGGCGGAAGUCGGCCUAGUGGUAGCCGGAAUCGCUCCGCGGCAACAUCCUCCUCCCACGCCCCGAUCAUCACUUUGCCAGAGGAGGAUGAUGAAGACGAGUGAGUUACAAAAAUUGAUAGUAAACUUGGAAUUAUACCUUCAGAACUACCAAAAUUGGGAACUUCGUCUCUAAAUCUUUUCCAGAGUUUAAAUUUCAAAGGGCUCAUGAAUAUUUCGUUUUAAAAUAUUUCAGCCAUUUUUUGAUUAGUGACUUUCAGUCUCUUAUAAGGCUCAUAAUUGUUGGAUCAAGUCAGCUUAGGCUAUAUUUUUUUCGGGAGGGGAAUUCAUUGUGAAAUAUCUUAUCAUGACAGAAAACCGAAUUUGGAAUAAACGAAUAAUGUUAUUUUUAGGACGAAGAGAUCUCGUCGCGGUGGAAAUCAGAUCGAAGGGCCGGUGAUCCGCGAGAUCAGCGAAGAGGAAGCCGAACAGUCGAUUCCCAAAAGACGCCGUGGUCCCCUUGGUGCCUUUUUCGCAGAGUGA